AUGGCAGGUCCAGCGCCAUCUCCUCACAAGCCGCGGCGGAAGGUCAAAAGCUCUGGAAAUGGCACUGAACCAGCUCCCCUGAUAUCCACAUCAGGGUCCGGACGAGCAUCCUCCUCCAGCAAACCAUCGUAUCCUCUUGGAGCUCUGCUAUGGCCCGCCAGGAGCUCUUUGUCACAAUGGGAAAUUCUCCCACUAAUACUCAUGGCUGCUGGAUUGUUCAGAUGGGCGGCUGGACUGUGGGGAUAUUCUGGAUACCAGAAUCCACCGAUGCAUGGAGACUACGAAGCACAACGACAUUGGAUGGAAAUAACUACGAAGCUUCCUAUAUCACAAUGGUAUUUCCACGAUUUGGAAUGGUGGGGUUUGGACUACCCUCCUUUGACCGCAUAUCACAGUUGGAUCCUGGGCAAAAUUGGAGGACUGAUUGAUCGAUCGUGGUUUGAGCUACAUACCUCCCGCGGUACAGAUGAUCCCUCAUUGAAGGUUUUCAUGAGAGCAACGGUCAUUGUCUCCGAAUACCUCAUAUACGUACCAGCUGCUGUCAUAUUUGUACGACGGCUUAGCAAAUUACAAGGCGUAAAUACUUGGAGCGCUGCAGUGGCUCUCACGGCUAUUCUGAUGCAACCGGGUACUAUUCUGAUUGAUCAUGUACACUUCCAGUACAAUACGGUCAUGCUCGGAUUCGUCCUCGCAAGUAUGUCAAGUAUUCUGGCUGGUAGGUUCAUGUGGAGCUGUGUAUUUUUCGUCAUGGCCCUUGGUUUCAAGCAAAUGGCAUUAUACUACGCUCCUCCAAUGUUUGCAUAUCUACUUGGGGUGUGUCUAUUUCCGCGCCUCAACUUUCCUCGUUUCUUAGGAAUUGCACGCGUCACGGCAGCCUCUUUUGCUGUGCUGCUUCUUCCUAUCAUUCUAGGAUCCUUAUACGAUGCUCAGCGUGGGGUCGAAGCCCGACCAGACCUUCAUGGUCAUAAAGCACCUUUGCCGAUUUUCACACAAUACUCCUUUCGCCUCGAUUAUCACGCUUGGUAUUACCCAAUCGUUCAGCAGAUGGCACAACUGGUUCAUCGGGUGUUUCCUUUCGCAAGAGGUCUCUUUGAGGAUAAAGUGGCCAAUUUUUGGUGCGCGGCAAACGUAUUUAUCAAGCUAAAACAAUACCCAUCCGAGAUACUUCAAAGGACUUCGUUACUAUUUACCCUAGCAGCAAUAACGCCAGCAUGCUUUGUCAUAUUCGUCAAACCGCGAAAAGAACUACUACCACUUGCACUAGCAACAUCAGCCUGGGGCUUCUUUCUUUUCAGCUUCCAGGUCCACGAAAAGAGCGUUCUACUUCCUUUAAUGCCAAUGACUGCACUCUUGGCCGGGAAACAGGGAUUAAGCAAGAACACCAGAGCCUGGGUCGGUUUUGGAAAUCUCCUUGGAGUGUGGACGAUGUUCCCGCUCCUUCAACGUGUCGACCUGCGCGUCCCUUACUACGUGCUCUCUCUUCUCUGGGCAUAUCUCCUAGGACUCCCACCAACCUCAUUUUCAGUAUAUAAAACGGAAGGCAAGGCAACGUGGACUGGCCUCGCGACUACGACUCUUCAUCUGGGAUUUUAUCUCGCAAUGGCGGUAUGGCAUGUUGCUGAGUCAUUCCUCAGCCCACCGAAUGGAAAACCGGAUUUGUGGGUUGUGGUUAAUGUUGGAAUCGGCGCGGUGGGAUUUGGAAUUUGCUAUCUAUGGUGUUUCUUCACUUUGGUUGUGGAGAGUGGGUUUUUGGAUCGAUCUCAGGUGGGGAAAAAGAUAAAAGCGUUGUGA